UUGGGCAGAAAGACUAUAUUCUUCUUUCUGUCCAAUUCCAAAAAAAAAAAAAAUAGAAGAUGCUUGCGGUCGUAAGCUCACCGGUAUUCUCACCGACGAGGAUUUCCCUCAAGACCUCGCCGGGAAACAUUGCCCUCGGCUUAACCCAGCAACAUCUAUCGGCGGCGUUGGUCGAUGGAUUGCCCUUGCCGGCUUCAUCUUCUUCGCCAUUUUGGAGGUCCCAGCGAGGGGCUAGUAGCCUCGGAAUUUUUAAGAAGGAGCUCUGUGCUUCUCCGUCGCCGACCUUAGAUUCCGCACCCACUUAUCUUUCACGGUCUUCGUCUUCGUCAGUCUCAUGCUCAUCUCCAGUUGCAGCUUCCAAUUUGUGUGGUUCUUCUCCUCUUUUGAAGAGGAAAAGGCCCACGCGGUUGGAUAUCCCGAUGUCGGGAUUGCUGGCUUACGAGCCCCCAGUGGAUUCCGAUGGCCGGCGAGAGGUGGAGGCAGAGAGCGCCCGGUAUUCGGUUUACUGUAAGAGGGGGAGAAAGCGGGUCGAGAUGGAGGAUCGUCACAGCGCGUCACUUGACCUCUGCGGAGAUCCCCAAAUGGCGUUCUUUGGUAUUUUCGAUGGCCACGGCGGAUCGAAAGCCUCCCACUUUUGCUCGGAAAAUCUUGGGGAUCAUAUAUUGGAAGAGACGAUCAUCGGAAAAGAAGAAAAAUUGGGUAUCAAUAUAGAGGAGGCAGUAAGGAAUGGAUAUCUGAGAACCGAUGCGGAAUUCCUGAAGGAGAAUGUCAAAGGAGGAACGUGCUGCGUUACUGCUGUUGUCAGAAAUGGCGAUCUCAUUGUUUCUAACGCUGGCGACUGCCGUGCUGUCAUGAGCUUCUCCGGUGCCGCUAAAGCCCUUACUUCCGAUCACCGGCCCUCAAGAGAGGACGAGAAGGACAGGAUCGAAAGCCUUGGUGGUUAUGUAGAUUGCUGUAGAGGUGUUUGGAGAUUGCAGGGCUCCUUAGCUGUCUCCAGGGGAAUUGGAGAUUCCCAUCUCAAGCAAUGGGUUAUAGCAGAACCGGAAACUAGUAUCAUCAAGAUUGAACCUGAGUGUGAAUUUUUAAUUCUAGCUUCUGAUGGUCUUUGGGAAAAGGUUAACAACCAGGAGGCCAUUGAUAUAGCUCGACCCUUGUGUAUGGAUCCCCAGAGACCAUCUCCACUCUCCGCUUGCAAGAAGCUUGUUAACCUAUCAGUUUCUAGAGGCUCCAUGGAUGACAUUAGUGUUCUGAUAAUUCAGUUGGGACAUUAUCUGAAGCAAGUUUAGUAAUUUCUACUCGAAGGAAGAUCAUUUUGCUUACCAUAUAAUAUCGACAGAAGAUUAUUAGUCGGAGCCUCUGCAUCACAAGCAAAUGGGUCAUAUUUGAAUCAGAUGAUAGGAUAACAUGCUAAAUG